GGCUAUCAUUUUUCUUCUUAGUUUCAACACCAAAAAUUAUGGCAAACACAACAAAUUUGAACAUUAUAUUUGAAGCUCUUUCACUCAUUCCCAAGAUUCAGAAUAUUGAAAAAAUUCAGAAAAAGGCAAAAACAAUAAGCCAAAAAAAAGAAGAAAUUCAAGAAAAUUCACCACCAAAAACUACAAGAAGAUUAGCAUUAAGCAUUGGUUCAAUUGCUUUAUUUGCAAAUUCAAGAAUUGGAAAUUCACUUGCUGAAGAUAAUAAUGGAUUUUUUAUCACUGGUCCACUACAAGACCCUUGGGUAUCCACCAACAUUAUAAACAAGGAGACAGGUACAAGAUCAUUUCUUAAGAAAGGAAUGUACAUUGCUAAUAUUGGAACAAAAGGGAGAAUUCAUAGGUUGAAGAGAUAUGCAUUUGAUUUAUUGGCAUUAGGGGAUUUGAUUGGAACAGAUGCUUGGAAUUAUGUGAGGAAAUAUUUGAGGAUUAAGUCUACAUUUAUGUACUAUGAUUUUGAUGAAGUUAUCACAGCUGCAGAAAUGAAUGAUAAGCAACUUCUUACUGAUCUUGCUAAUCGAUUAUUCGAUAAUGUUGAGAAGCUUGAAGAUGCUGUGAAGAAAAAGAACCUGCCUCAAACACAAUCAUGUUAUCAAGAAACAACUACUAUUCUCCAACAAGUCAUGGAUAGAAUGGCAUAAACAAAACAUAUGUUUAAUUAUAUUCUGUCAAUUAGUCAUUUUGAC